CUGCACUGAUGCACACUGAUAGGCGCACUGACUGGCAUUGAUAGGUGGCACUGACUGGCACUGAUGGGUGGCACUAAAAGGCAGCUCAGAUGGGCACUGAUAUGUGGCACUGGCAGGUGGCAUGGAUGAGCAUAGAGCUGGCACUUUUGGACACUGACAGGUGGCGCUGCUGGGGCUACACAGAUCAUCAGGGCACACUGAUCAUCAGUGCUCUGAUGAUCUGUGUAGAUGUCGCCACCGAGGAGAGCUGUCAGCGUGACAGCUCGUGAGGAGAGAACUGCCGAUAACCGGCAUUUCCCUGUUUACAUGUAAUCAGCUGUGAU